AUGACUUCGAAGCAGAAUUUUUGCAAUGAAGGCGGAGAUUUGAGAGUGAAAACGAACGAAGGCGAGACGUUCAUUACUGCAACUCAAAGGCCCGAUGGAACAUGGCGAAAAGCACGACGAGUCAAAGAAGGAUAUAUUCCUCAAGAAGAGCAACCAAAAUACCAGAAUAGAAUGCAAAUGCAAGCUGGAAGAAGUAAUAUGGCGGCCGGAAUUUCGCCAAGAGCAAUGGCUUCUGCUGCUCCGAAAAAAGCGAUUACUAUAGUGAAUCCAAAAGUUUGCAUAACUCCACAAGAUCAUGUUCAACGGAAAAUAGACUUGGUCAAAAAGAAAGUAGAAGAUAUUGAAGGAAUGGAAAAGAAAGUAGCUUCUGGAGAACUUGUUCCUCAACCGAAUCAAGUUAAAAAGAUAGGACGGAAGCAAGAAUAUUUAGACGAAAUUGAUAAAUUAACUAAGGAAUUGGAAGCGUUAUAA